AUGGCCAACUCCUCCACCACACUCGAUAAAGCCAUCGAGCUCGUCCAACGUGCCAUCGAGGAAGACGUCAAGCAGAACUACGCCGAGGCUUCCAAGCAGUACCAGAAUGCCCUCGACUACUUCAUGCUCUCUCUCAAAUACGAGAAAAACGACAAGUCAAAAGUCCUCAUCCGCACCAAGAUCAACGAAUACCUCCAGCGCGCAGAGACGCUGAGCAACCAUCUCUCAGCAGAGAACGAGAAGCGGGCGCGCAAGGCUGUAGGAGCGGAUGGCACCGUCAGCGGUGGCCCUGGGGGCGGCGGAAAGAGCAAGAACGGUGAGGACGACGACCAAGAUCCAGAGCUCAAGAAGCUCCGAGCGGGCCUCUCCAGCGCCAUCCUCGCCGAAAAACCAAACGUGAAAUGGGACGACGUCGCAGGCCUCGAAGGCGCCAAAGCCUCUCUCAAAGAAGCAGUCAUCCUACCCAUAAAGUUCCCGCAUCUAUUCACCGGAAAACGCACGCCGUGGAGAGGCAUCCUGCUCUAUGGACCACCCGGCACGGGAAAAUCGUACCUUGCCAAAGCCGUAGCAACGGAAGCAAAAAGCACCUUCUUCAGCGUCAGCUCCAGUGAUCUGGUCAGCAAAUGGCAGGGUGACUCGGAAAGACUCGUCAAAAACCUGUUUGCGAUGGCACGGGAAAGCAAACCGGCGAUCAUCUUCAUCGACGAAGUCGAUUCGCUCGCGGGGACGCGUAACGAAUCAGAGUCGGAAGGUUCACGGCGUAUCAAGACGGAGUUCUUGGUGCAGAUGAACGGUGUGGGGCAUGAUGAUACGGGCGUUCUGGUGCUCGGGGCUACUAAUAUCCCAUGGCAGCUUGAUCCCGCCAUCAAACGACGAUUCGAAAAGCGUAUUUACAUCCCACUACCAGGCCCAGAUGCGAGGAGACGCAUGUUCGAAAUCCACGUCGGCUCAACGCCAUGCGAGCUCUCGCAAAAAGACUAUCGGGUCCUAGCAGACCGCACCGAAGGGUACUCCGGCUCUGAUAUCUCCAUCGUCGUACGCGACGCCCUCAUGCAACCCGUCCGCAAAGUCAUCUCCGCCACCCACUUCAAACCCCUCCCCUCGGACGACGACGAGUCGAAAGAAAAAUGGACGCCCUGCUCGCCCGGCGACGCCGACGCGGUCGAAAAAUCGUGGUCCGAGGUGGAGUCCGACGAGCUCGUCGAGCCCCCGCUCCGCCUCGCCGACUUUAUAAAGUCGCUCGAGAGCGUGCGGCCGACGGUGAGCGAGAAGGAUAUCCGGCGCCACGACGAGUGGACGAAAGAAUCCGGUACGUUCUAG